AUGGACACUUCAUCUCCAAGCCGAGUCUCUGGCCUUGUUGAAGAAACGGAACCCACUGUGAGUGUAGAAGAACGAGAACAACGCGAAGCAGAAAAAUUAGCAGCACGAGCCAAGAUCGAACAAGAAGCUCGUCAAUACCUAGUGGAUCAAACACAAGCGGUUACUGUACCGCCGUAUGCUUCUUGGUUUGAUAUGCAACAGAUUCAUAACAUUGAGCGCGUGUCGUUACCCGAAUUCUUCACCCAUCAUAAUUUAUCAAAGACGGCAUUGAUCUAUCAAGAUUAUCGUGAUUUCAUGAUCAAUACCUAUCGUUUGAACCCCAAGGAAUAUUUAGCCGUAACAGCAUGUCGAAGAAAUUUAGCGGGUGAUGUUUGUGCUAUUAUGCGCGUGCAUGCCUUUUUAGAGCAAUGGGGAUUAAUUAACUUUGAGUGCGAUCCUUCCACUUGGCCAUCUCCCGUAGGACCACCUUUCACAGGACAUUUUCGAGUGACGGCGGAUACACCUCGUGGAUUAGCACCCUUCAAACCAAAUAUUAAACCCCAAGCGAAUCCGUCGACUUCUUUAGGUGGCGAAAUGAAUGUAGAAUUACGGCAAAAGGUAUUUGAGAGCAGUACAGGAAAAGAUACAAAAGAAUAUCAUUGCACUACCUGUGGAGCAGAAUGUUCUCGUGAACGAUAUCAUAGUGUCAAGACCAAGAAUAUGGAUCUAUGUUCACUUUGUUAUAAGGAAGGACGAUUCCCGAUGACAAGUUUUAGCAGUGAUUUUAUUCGUUAUGAACCCAGUGCGUAUAAGCAUGGGAGUGAGGAUGAACGUGCAUGGACUGAUGAAGAGACCUUAUUAUUAUUGGAGGCCAUUGAAUUAUAUGACGAUGAUUGGAAUACCAUUGCGGAAUAUGUGGGUACCAAGACGCGUGAACAAUGUAUUUUCUAUUUCUUACAAUUACCGAUUGAUGAACCUUAUCGUGAGACGGAGCAUCGGAUGAAGCAUUCGAGUGUAUUAGAACAUCAACGUACACCGUUUUCUCAGGCAGAUAAUCCUGUCAUGUCUAUUUUGGCGUUUUUGGCAUCUGCUGUGGAUCCAGAGGUCGCUUCUGCCGCUGCGGAUGCGGCAAUUGCAUGUCAAGAACAAUCGAGUAAGAAGAGAAAGGAGGACACAACAACAAUGGAGGUGGAAAAGAGUGCAAAGAAACCUCGUACGGCGAUUGAGAAGGCUGCUUCGGUUGCUUUGGGUUCAGCAGCGGCCAAAUCAAAAUCCUUGUCAUUGAUUGAAGAAAAGGAGAUUCGACGUUUGGUUCAUUCUGUGGUUGAUACGGAGGUAAAGAAACUGGAACUGAAGAUGAGUUAUUUUGAUGAAUUGGAAGCUGUCUUGGAGAAUGAAUUGGAUUCGAUUACGCAACAACGAAAGGAUAUAUUUGCGUAUCGAUUAAGUGUAAAGAAAUCAGAAGCUUUAUUGCAAGAGGAGAUCAUGAGACGAGGUGGGAUUGAACAGGCUGUGGAAAGUGGUUGGACACCUCAGGAAUUACAACAGUUUGUUCAAGGUAGUUUAUUUAAAGAAGAUUAUCAUUUAGUGGAUAUUUCAAAUUCCAACCAAGAGGGACUUGUUCAUCCAGCUACAGUCAUGGAUGAAGGUGGAAAACCACCACUUGCUGUCUUGUCUCUUUAA